AUGUCUUCUCCAAAUACUCUUCCCCGGAAUCCUAUCAUCAUCGUUGGUGGUGGGUUGGCGGGACUCUCUGCUGCGCACCAGACAUAUCUCCGAGGAGCCAAUGUGAUUCUCUUGGACAAGCAGGGGUUUCUCAGUGGAAAUAGUGGAAAAGCUACAUCCGGGAUCAACGGAGCCUUGACGAGGACACAGGUUGAUCUCGAAAUCAAGGACUCGGUGCAACAGUUCUACGACGACACUUUGGCUACUGCUAAGGACAGGGCCAGACCAGACUUGAUCAAGGUGUUAACUUACCAUUCCGCAGAUGCCGUACAUUGGCUCCAGGAAGUGUUUGACUUGGAUUUGACAGUUGUGUCGAGAUUGGGGGGUCAUUCCCAGCCCAGAACCCACAGAGGAAAAGACUCAAAGUUCCCAGGCAUGGCCAUCACGUAUCGGUUGUUGGAAACCUUGGAAGACUUAGCCUUGGCUGAACCCCACAGGGUGUUGAUCUUGAAGAACUGUCAGGUGAUCGACUUGGUGAAACAGGACCACAAGGUGACUGGGGUGAAGUACAAGAACUUGCUUGACAAGACGAAACACGAGUUGACUGGUCCUGUGAUCAUGAGUACAGGUGGGUAUGCCGCUGACUUCACCAAGAACUCGCUCUUGAAAAAGUACAGACCUGAUAUUAUUGACUUACCUUCUACGAAUGGAAACCAUGCCACUGGUGAUGGCCAGAAGAUCAUUAUGAAGAACAAAGGUGUGGGAACCGACUUAGACAAAGUACAAGUGCAUCCUACUGGCUUGAUUGACUAUAACGACACCGACACCAUUCUGGGUAAGAAGGUUCCCCGUUUCUUAUUUCUAGGAGCUGAGGCACUUCGUGGUGAAGGUGGGAUCAUCUUGAAUGCUAAAGGCGAACGUUUUGUGGACGAGUUGGGACCCAGAGACUACGUCAGUGGUGAAAUGGAAAAACAAUUGAAGUUGGGCAAUGGGCCAUUAAGAUUGGUUUUGAAUGAAGCCAGUGAAAAGAACUUGGAGUUCCAUGUCAAGCACUACAAGGCCAGAAACUUGAUGAAGACUAUUUCUGGAAAGCAGCUACUUGCUGAUUUGGGGUUGUCUGGACAUCCCGAAAAGUUGGAACUGGUAUUUGCUACUUACAACAAAGCUGCUCGUGGCGAGAUCAAAGAUCCAUUUGGGAAGAAGUUCUUCCCAGCCACUCCCUUCGAGUACAAUCCUGAUGCCAGCUACCAUGUCUCUUUCAUUACCAGAGUGUUGCAUUUUACAAUGGGAGGUGUUAGAAUCAACGAUAAAGCUCAAGUAAUGUACCAAGUAGGAGAAGACGAAUAUGAACCUUUUGAAGGCUUGUAUGCUGCUGGAGAAUUGGCUGGAGGUAUCCAUGGUCACAAUAGACUUGGAGGUUCUUCUCUCUUAGCGUGCGUAGUCUACGGAAGAUUAGCUGCUGAUCAAGCUACCAGUUAUUACAUGAACAAGUUGAGUGAAGGUCCUGUAGGAUCAUCAUCUUUGAACAGAUUGCAAAUGAUCAACUUACACAUUGAUCCAAACAAUCCACAGAAGGUCACCAUAGAAUGGGGCGAAGGCAACCCUUCUACUGGAGAUAUUAACUCUUCUUCUACUGCUACUGCUGCUGCUACUGCGACUUCUAAUAGUAAUACAUCUACUACCGCUCCUGCUGCUACUCCUGCUGCUACUGCUACGGAAAAAUUUAAGCUGUUUGAGAUCCCUGCCAAGGAGUUCACCUACGAAGAUGUUGCUAAGCACAAUAAACGUGAAGACUGUUGGGUGGUGGUGAAGAACGUUGUCUUGGAUUUGACUCCGUUCUUGAAGAACCAUCCUGGGGGAAUGGAGUCGAUCGUCAACUACGCGGGCAGAGAUGCUACAGAGAGCUUUGAGAUGUUGCACGAAGAUAACUUCAUUGAAAAGUACACUCGAGACUGUGUCUUGGGUAGAAUCAAAGGCAAGACCCCAGCAUUGAACUUAUAG